AUGGUUUCGGACUACGAUUGGGCCAUUCCGUACUCGGAUGGGCCGAAUGUUGUUGGGACCGGACUGCCUGUUGCCAAGAGCACUGAGGACGUCGACAAUGGGACCUGUUCUCUGGCUUGGCUUGCGGAAGCCUUUGUGGCUGGCGGCGCCGCCAGUUCGAGAGCCACAGUUCGUGUCAAAAUCGGUCUCAAUGGCGGCAAAGCUUAUCUCUUCGACCGCUUUCCCAGCCGUCUUUCGCGCAGUGCCCUGGACGGCGCCUGUUCCCAGGACAUGGGCGGGGAAACGGGCGCAUCAGUCGCCAAGAUCACGCCGGUCUCCUCCUUUGCUACGAGCUUUCGCUUGGGCGCCCGCCAAGCUCCAACCAACGUCCACGGUGUGCUGCCCGGUCUCGGCUUCACUGGAGAAUGA